CCUUAAUCAUAUCUGGUAAAGAACAAGGUUAAAGACAGACCAGGUCCACAACAGAAACCCGAACAUGUAUAAGCCCAUACACCUGAAGGUUGAACCCCUUGCUCCCACACAAGCCCCCUAAUUGAACCCCGACUAGAUGACCUGACAACGAGAAUCCCGUGACUUCUAAUUGGCAACAGAUAAUUCGAUUCAACUCAUAUCAACAUACACAUAGAUGACAUAUGCUUUUUGUUUUUACUCCAGUACAGCUGCCAAGAAAAAAGCAAAGGUAAUAGUGAAAGUAAGUUGGACAUGUAGUGAAGGGUUGAUUGAAGGUUAGGUGUCGAUCAACUCAAAUGGUAAAAAUCGAAUGAGAGGUGAUCCAUGAGAAUAAUGGAGAAACCUUUAAGCAAAAGUACAGACAACUUGUGUACGAGGAUGGGAUUGCAAAUUCAACGAAUUCGGUGAUAUACAUGUAAAUCAUUAAUGAAUGCCGUGAUGAAUAUUGUAGACAAUUUAAGUCAUAUAGCACACAAAAUAUUGAUUACUUACACAUGCAUAUUACCUCAUCUUUAUCCACUAAAAGUUACACACGUACAUUUGACUUCUAUCUUCUCUGUUUCGAUAUAUUUCGGUCGUUUAUAAUAAUGAAGUCGCAUUAAGUUCAGACAAAAUUAUAUAGCUCUCCUCUAAUUUCAUAAAUAGGUAAACUUAUAUGUAAAAUUUGUAACAAAUUAUGAAAAUAGAAUAGUUGAUAUGACACUAGUCCCUUUCCAACGAUUGAUUCAAAUGUAGAUUUUUUUUUUAAUUUAUCUCGUUCAAAUUUGUUAGCUCAUUUUGUUAUUCGUAACAUAAUGUAAUUGUUAUCGAUCAAGAAUGACGUUAAGUUCAGUGAGAUGAGAUCUACUUACUAUUAUUCAUCAAGGUGAGCCUGAAAAUUGACACCAUCCAUUCCUUUUAACAAUUUAACACUGUUGAACCACAAUCUACGUGUAAAUUAGAGAUGACAUAUUCUCAAUCACUUCAAAUUCUCAAUUUUUUAUAUUUAGAAUGACAAAGCUAGCAACCAUCUCAUAAUACCAUAUGUGGCAGAUUGAGAUUGUCCCAAAAUUUCCUCCCACAUGCAAACAAUUAAUCCCUCCAUAAAUGUUGUCCACAUUAUAAUUCCGAUCAAAUCCCCAAAACCCCGAAAAUAUUCCCCGCCAUCCCCCAAUCAUACACGUUAGGGGCAAAACCGUAAACAAUCCACACCUCGGGCCUAUAUAUAAACACCAAGACCACGACUCAAAAAAUCAGUCAAACACUACUCCCCAUACACACUCCUCUCCUCCCGCCCCCCGUACCAAAAAGACCCAUCUACCCCUACCGGCCGUCGCCGGUAAACCCAACCCCAAAACCAUGGCUGCAUUCCGCCACAUUCCGCUCCUACUCACCCUCCACCUCCUCCUCCUUUCCGCCGCCACCACCACCGCCUGCCCGCCGUCCGACCGAGCCGCCCUCAUGGCUUUCAAAUCCUCCCUCCAAGAGCCCCACCUCGGCAUCUUCAAGUCCUGGACCGGACCGGACUGCUGCCACAACUGGUACGGUAUAAGCUGCGACCCGGAAACCAACCGGGUCGCAGACAUAAACCUACGGGGCGAGUCGGAGGACCCAAUUUUUCAGAAAGCCGGUCGUACCGGUUACAUGACCGGGACCAUUUCCCCGGCCAUCUGCGGGAUGAAAAGGCUCUCCAGUCUGACCAUCGCGGACUGGAAGGGGAUCUCGGGCGAGAUCCCCAAAUGCGUCGCAUCGCUCCCGUUCCUACGCAUCCUCGACCUCAUCGGGAACCGGCUGACCGGCCAGCUCCCCUCCGACAUCGGCCGGCUCCACCGCCUCACCGUGCUCAACGUCGCCGACAACCGGAUCACCGGCCGGAUCCCCCGGUCGCUCACGAACCUGACCGGGUUGAUGCACCUCGACCUCCGGAACAACCGGUUCUACGGGUCGAUCCCUUCCGAUUUCGGCCGGCUCAGGAUGCUGAGUCGGGCCCUACUGAGCCGGAAUUUCCUAGCCGGUUCGAUCCCCGACUCGGUUUCCCAUAUCUACCGGCUGGCCGAUCUCGACCUUUCCCUCAACCGCCUCUCCGGCGGGAUUCCACAGUCUCUGGGGCGGAUGGCCGUCCUCGCGACGUUGAAUUUGGAUGGGAACAAGAUCACCGGCGGGAUCCCCGCCGAUCUGCUCAGCUCGUCGGUUACGAAUCUGAACCUGAGCCGGAACGCGCUGGACGGGAAGCUGCCGGAGUUUGGCCCCCGGUCGUAUUUUACGGUGCUGGAUCUGUCGCGGAACCGGUUGACCGGCGGGAUCCCACCAUCCAUCGCGGCGGCGUCGUACAUCGGCCAUUUGGAUCUGAGCUACAACCAUUUAUGCGGGAAGAUUCCCGCCGGGUCGCCAUUUGACCACCUCGAAGCGGCGUCGUUUGAGUUCAAUGACUGUCUCUGCGGCAGCCCGCUGAAACGACCGUGUUUGGGUAAACAGUGAGAGAUAAAAGUAAAAAAAAAAAAAAUUAAAAUCGUGUUUUAUUAUUAAGUUUUUGUAAUGUAUUUAUUAUGUAUAUGAAAUGUUGUUACUAUAUAUAUAUGUUAUGUGUAGUAAACUUUCAAAGGAGAGAAGGUUAUUAAUUAAUGGAAUGUACUGCUGAGUAUGAUUAGCAUAAUGAUAUAGGUUAAUUAAUGGUUUAAUUUAGCUCGUUAAACGCAACUCUGAAGUCAAUAAGUUACUACUGUUUUAUUGAGAGUGUACUAUUUGGGUUCUUUUGUCAUGGGAACAUUCUCCAUACAUAGUGCAAUAUUAUUCCUUGGUAAAAUCUCUUUAUCAACAUGUUUACUUCAGCAACGAAACUUUUAAUCAAUCAUGUUAUACAUUUAUGCAUACAGUGGGAUAGUCAGCAACACAAUAAGUUAAUACAUUAUUAGCAUGCAACUUUAUUAUUUUAGUGUCACAUUUCAAGCAACUUUUGUUGUCACUAGUUUUUAUAUAAUUAAUUAUGUAUAUGAUCCACUAGUGGAACUCAGUUUGGGAGUCAUCAGACACGUACGAUAGAAUACUGACAUCUAACACCUUAUUAAUCGGACUAUCACGGAGAGUGCAGAGAAUCGAGAACGAGAGAGUCGAAGGAGAUCGAUCAUAUACGACCACCCUAAUCAUCACCAUUGUACUAUAUGCUUUUGGUUCUUUGGUCAUAGAAAACAUUCUGCAUACGAUGCAAUAUAUUUUCGAAAUAAUCUCCUCUCUUGAUAUAUUAUCCGAGUAUCGAAAUAUCGCAUAUAACUUAAUCCUUGGACGUGAAUAUUGUAGAAAUUGGGGAAGAAGAGUGAAGAGACAUGUAAACAUGGGGAAGGUUAGAAACAGACGAGACACUUCACGUGAAGCCAUUAAAGGGCGGAGGGGCAGAUGUCAGGAUGGGGUUUUCAAUAUCUCCACAAUUUUAGUAUAUUUUUAAAAGUUUUGGGAUUGAAAAGGAAGGAAGGAAUAAUAUCGGUGGCUUCCCAUUUGCCUGGUUUUGAGGUGGUCCGGCGGUCCUUUGCCACUGUGUCUCUGCCGACUGCCUGCACAGAAAACUGAAUGCAUGUGGUUGGAAUAAAUUCCAAGCUUUGAU